AUGUCGGGUCCAGCAGGAUCGGGUCACGCGAACGGCAGUACAUCCAAUUUCACCGGCUUGGUAUCAAACCUCAUCCAGAAGAAGCAUAGUGAAGAUGAUUCGAAUGGUCAGCUGGAUCUUGAUGGUAAAGCACCAAGUAAAGGUCUACCUAGUACAGGCUUGAAGAGGAAUACAAAAGAAUGGAAGGAAGCCAAUGACGAUAAUGAGAGUGUAUCAUCAUCUUCAUCUAUACCUUCCAACGCUACUGGCGAUGACGAUGGGAGGCCACGUCCUGACCAAGAGAGGGAUCAGGAAGGUGCAGAAGGGAAAGGUCCGUGUAGACAUGAAAGAUAUAUACCUAAUGGUGAAGCAAACAAUAUAACGGAAUCACCUGAAUCAUCACCCAUGGAAGAGAAUCCAUCCAAACCUUUCCCUCAAUCUCCUUCGGAGGAUAUACAAUAUAGACGUCAGAACGGAUAUGAUCACCCCGACCAUGAUGAUAAGCAUAAAGAAGACGAAACAAUCAAAUUAACGAUACAUAAAGAUAGUCAUGAUGUAGAUCCUGAAGAGCGAGCGGAUAGAAGGGAUUCAGAGAGGGAGAGGAAGAAGACUGAUGAACUGGGUAGAAGACCGGAUGUGAUGUCUGGAGUGAAAGAUGAAGAGGGACCGAGCUCGAGAAAUGAGAUUGUGUUGGAUCCUAGGAUAUCAUAUCUGCAUGUCCAUCAGCGUCGUGAGCCCACCAUCGAAGGUGUCAAGUUUGGCCCCAUCCUGAAGAUAACCCCUGAUGGUGAAGGCGAAUAUCCACCCGGUGAAACUCCUUUACCUUCUAGACAAGUAUCUCGUGACGGUCCUUCUACACCUAGACAGACCUCACCCCAACGACAACCUCAUAGCUCCACCUCAAGACAAAAUUCAACCGAACGUGAUGUACCAUCGUCCAGACACACCUCCAACGACCAUGAUAAACCUUCACGACCAAUUUCCUAUUCACGAAGUAGCAAUGAUAUAGAAUCGUAUGAGAGGGGUCUGAGCGAUACCGUCGAAGAAGGUACAUGGAGAGAUGCGAUGUCUCAGCGUCAAACCAAGAAUGAAGAGGAUAAGAAAGGGAAGAGAAGAUCGGUCAAUACAAGAUUUAGUAGUUUUAGGGAUAUUCACGAGAUGUCCAAUAAUACAGGUGGGGAAUCGGAAGACGGAGAGGAGAAUGGACAUCAUGAAGCUUCCAAGAGAUGGUCAAUGAUUCGGAAUCGAGUUAUCCCUUCGAAGUCAUCGACCGGUCAAUCCUCUACACCUGGACCAGGUAAAGUGUCGGCCUUGGCACCAGCCGUUAUAGCUAGUAUACCAGUUACCACCGAGCUGUUCGCUGGACAAUUACCGGUGAUGAUCAUGAAAACUUGGUUGGAUAGGGAUGAAGAUGGACAUAGAGCUGUUCCCGUACUAUUAGGAAAUCUGAGGUUCAGAGUGGGUGAUUCUGUGGGAUUGAGACCUGGGGGUGAGACCGGUAAAGAGAUGUUCAAGCUGGAGUGUGAGUAUGGGGAUGGAGCGGUUAAAUGGGUGAUCUAUCGAGAACUCCGAGAUUUCCUAUCCCUUCAUGCACAUUACAAAGCAGCCAAUUUCGGUACUUCCGUCGCAGGUCUAAGAGCUUCUCGUCGAGUCGAAAUCCCAGACUUCCCUCGAAUGUCUAUCCCAUAUCUCAACAAGCUGGCACCAUCAACAAGUUAUGAGAAAGAAAAGCCACAUAAACCCGUUGGUAAAGCCGAAUACGCCCAGGCGUCUCGAGAUGCGUUACAACAAUAUCUUGUGGAAUUGAUCCGUGCGGUGAUCUUCCGACCUGAGUCUAAUAGGUUAUGUAAAUUCUUUGAACUUUCCGCCCUUACCCUUCAACUAGCACCCAGAGGUGGAUUCCAAGGUAAAGCUGGGUUUUUAAAGAUACCAGAUUGGAAUGCUAGUAGGCGAGCGAACCAACCUGGUUUGGCACCUACCACUUGGGCGGCGCACAGGAAGCCGAAAUGGUUUAUUGUGAGGGAUUCGUACUUUGUAGCUACGGAUGGACCAGAGUCGGUCGACUACUACGAUGUCUUCCUGCUCGACGCCGACUUUACGAUCGAACGACCCAAACGGUACUAUCGAACCGGGCUCCAUCUGCUCACCAGCCACGGAUCGACCAACCGUAAGAAGAAAAGCGGGAAAGCCAAUGUCGAAGGUGAUAAUCCCAAUGAUAUAGAUUUAGAUAAUCCGUUCAACAGAGAAUUAAUCAUUUCAUCGGGUGAAGGGAAAGGAUCCAAAGGUCAAUCGAUGCACGAUGAAGGUGAACAUCAUGCUUCUCAACAUACUUUUACUAUUGGGAAUAGUCAGAGGAGAUUGAAGUUGGUCGCUAAGAAUGCUCGUCAAAUGCACCAGUUCAUUGUAUCGAUGGAACGUAUAGCUGCUCAAUGUAUAUGGACAGGAAGAAACCGAUUUGACUCUUUCGCCCCCUUGCGAGUCAACGUAGCUGCCCAAUGGCUGGUCGACGGGCGAGAUUACUUCUGGAACCUAUCACGAGCGAUCAACAUGGCCAAAGAUCGAAUAUAUAUCCAUGAUUGGUGGAUUUCACCUGAGCUGUAUUUACGGAGACCAGGUGAUGAGAGAUACAGGUUAGAUAAUCUGCUGAAGCGAAAGGCUGAAGAUGGUGUCAAGGUAUUCAUUAUCAUCUACAAUGAGGUCUCGGAUAAGACCACCCCCGUAGACAGUCUGUACACCAAGAAAACUUUGACGGGACUACACCCUAAUGUAAUGGUGCAAAGAUCACCGUCUCACUUCCAGACUGGAACCUUCUAUUGGUCACACCAUGAGAAAUUAUGUGUGAUAGAUGAGACGAUCGCUUUCAUGGGUGGUUUAGAUCUGUGCUACGGUCGAUGGGAUACUUCGCAGCAUAUUCUGAUCGACGACGAUCAUACCACACCUGACGGUCCAGAAGGUCCAGUAUGGCGAGGGAAAGACUACGCAAAUGAACGGGUGAUGGAAUAUUCUAAUCUGGAUAAACCAUUCGAGGAUAUGUUUGAUAGGAGUAAAGUGCCUAGGAUGCCUUGGCACGAUGUCGGACUUCAGAUAAUCGGUCAACCCGCUCGAGAUUUAUGUAGACAUUUCGUUCAACGAUGGAACUUGUUGAUCAGAACUAAGAACCACAAGAGACAAAUGCCAUUCCUGUUGCCCGCGGCAGACUUUACGGAAAGAGAAUUGCAAGAUCUAAAAUUGCAAGGGACUUGUGAAGUCCAGAUCUGCAGGUCUGUAGGUCCAUGGUCGAUGGGUACUUUGACCAAGAUUGAACAUUCUAUUCAAAAUGCUUAUGUCAAAUCCAUCGAAUUAUCUGAACAUUUCAUCUACAUCGAAAACCAAUUCUUCAUCACUUCCACUAUCGUCGACGGGGUUCGAAUCGAAAAUCAAAUUGGUGAUGCUUUAGUCAACCGGAUCAUCCGUGCUCAUCGUGAAGAUACACCUUGGAAAGCAUGCAUCGUCAUACCGCUCUUACCUGGAUAUACCUACCCUAUAGAUUCGGGAGAAGCGAGUUCGGUGAGGUUGAUCUUGGAAUGUCAGAAUAGGACGAUUAGUAGAGGAACGCAUUCGAUCUUCUCCAGAUUGAGGAAAGAGGGUAUCGAUCCCGACGAAUACAUCACAUUCUUCUCGCUGAGAGGAUGGGCCAAGUUCAGAUCUGGUGUAUUGACUACUGAGCAGGUCUACAUACAUGGUAAGACGAUGAUCGUGGAUGAUAGACUUGUACUCUGCGGAUCUGCAAAUAUCAAUGAGAGGAGUCAACGUGGAGAUAGAGAUUCGGAACUGUUAGCUGUGAUUAGGGAUACGGAUAUGAUCGACGGCACUAUGGCAGGACAACCCUUCAAAGUCGGUCGAUUCGCACAUACACUUCGAGUUCGACUUAUGCGAGAACAUGUCGGCGUUGAUGUCGAUUCGAUCGAUGAGGAUCAGCUCAUGUCACGAGAAUCCGUGGCGGAUGCAGAUGAGAUUGAGACUUGGGACCCGGAUCACGAGCAGCAGAGCGAUGAGGAAGCGACAGCAGGUAUUACCAAGAUCAAAGCGAGGACAGCUAGAGAUAGGAUGAUGCGUACUUUCCAUGAUGGUAUUUCCAGUGUCACCAAAGGGAUGAGUGAGAAUGCUAUUUCGAACGUCCGGCGAGCCGCAGACAAAGUAAUACGUCCCGUCGCUACCGUAGUAGGAGGAGAGACCAUAGCUCAUCACGCCAUGGAUAAUGGUGACCCAAGUGAAAGGGCGGACUACGAUCCGGAUGAAGAAGGUCAGGAAACAGCUGGAUUCGCAAGUUCGAUGGUACCUACUCUAGAAGAGAAAACGAUCUUCGAACGACGUCCUUCAGGAACACACGCCAAUGGUAAACCCUUGUUCGACGUGUUGGAAGAGAGCGAAGGAGGUCAUGGAACGACUAGCGAUGGGCAUGGAUCACCUUCACUAGAAGAGGCAAAAGUACCUGAACACGCCAAGAAAGAUACUUUAAUCAGCGAUGAUAACCCUUCAGCUAAGAAGGCUGGUGCACCCAAGAUCCUCAGUAAACCAAACGAGACGGAGCUGUACGGUACCACUGCGAACACCCAUAUACCCGAUGAAGUCAAACAAAGUAGCAAGAAUGAUACUGAAGAGACAUCUGAAAAAUCACCGAAAGACAGUCAAGAUAGCGCUGCGAUAAAAGCUAGGAAGACCUUGAGGAAACAUCUCAAUGCGAGAGUACAAGUCUCACCUUGGAAUAUGCCUACGCCUACGCCCAAGAUCAACCCGAAUAGGUUCCAUGAUCCCCUAGAUGAGAGGUUCUGGAAAGACAUGUGGGUGGCUGUGGCGGUUCACAAUACUGAAAUAUUCCGUAAAGUUUUCCGAUGUAUUCCUGACGACCUUGUCACUUCUUGGGCACAAUACAAAGCAUUCGCCAACCACGCUGAGAAAUUCAACAAAACACCCGAAGAUGUAGCGGCUCCAGGUCAUGAUGAGCCUGUGAAAGUGACUCACGACGGACCCGGUACUCACGGAGCAGGUGGAGGAGGUAGUGGAGGUGGACAUGUGGAUGGUGGAGAUGGUGGUGGGGCUGUCCUGGGUGUAGGAGCAGGUAAAUCGUCAGACACCCGGGAUUCGGAUGUGGUGGAUGGCAAACCACAUGAUGUCAAGCAUAAGAGAGAAAGUAGUGGGAAAUCACCGCGGAUGGAGAACGACAGACCACUCUCGCCUUCUGCAACAAGGUCAAGUGCUCAGGGGUCUAACGAGGGAGGAGUGGAUAAGAAGGCUAGUGCACCUGACGAAGCGUGGGCAGAAUGGGAGAGGGAGGAGAUGGAAGAGCUAUUAGGUGAAAUUAGAGGUCAUCUUGUCAUAUACCCUACUCGGUUCCUUGAAGCUGAGGAUCUGGCGAAUAAUUUCCUCUUCAAUUCUGAUAAGAUCUUGCCAUUACCUAUUUACGAUUGA